GGCACGGGGUCUCGGGUUGCUUGCUGGGUCCGGAGGGAGGGGGCGGCCCCCGCACCGGCCCGAGUUGCGGCCCAGUGGACGGCGACCCGCGCCGCGCCCCGCCCUGGGAACGCCGCACCCCGCGCGCCGAGGGACCCGGGGACGCCCUUCUGGGGUCUGGGGCCGCGCUGCGGAGCCGCCCACGCUGCGCAGCCACCCACGCUGCGCUCCAGGAGCCAGAGCCCGCAGGGUGGGCGUCAGGACAUGCUGAUCUCCCCUCAAGACAGCUGGCGGGCGCCCUGGUCAUGGAGGACUGCAAUGUGCACUCGGCCGCCAGCAUCCUGGCCUCGGUGAAGGAGCAGGAGGCCCGCUUCGAGAGGCUGACACGGGCACUGGAGCAGGAGCGGCGCCAUGUUGCCCUGCAGUUGGAGCGUGCCCAGCAGCCUGGCAUGGUCAGUGGUGGCAUGGGCGGUGGGCAGCCCCUGCCAAUGGCCUGGCAACAGCUGGUCCUCCAGGAGCAGAGCCCAGGCAGCCAGGCCUCACUGGCCACGAUGCCGGAGGCGCCUGAUGUGCUGGAGGAGACCGUGACGGUGGAGGAGGACCCCGGCACACCCACUUCCCACGUGUCUAUUGUCACAUCUGAAGAUGGCACGACCCGGCGCACCGAGACCAAGGUCACCAAGACUGUCAAGACGGUGACCACUCGGACAGUACGCCAGGUGCCUCUGGGCCCAGACGGACUCCCCCUGCUGGAUGGCGGCCCCCCACUAGGCCCUUUUGCCGAUGGUGCCCUGGACCGGCAUUUCCUGCUGCGUGGUGGUGGCCCGGCAGCCACACUCUCUCGAGCCUACCUCAGCAGCGGGGCUGGCUUUCCCGAAGGCCCCGAGCUCCGGGACAGUUCCAGCUAUGGCAGCCUGUCCCGAGGGCUGGGUGUGCGGCCCCCACGUGCUGGCCCCCUUGGCCCAGGCCCUGGUGAUGGCUGCUUCACACUGCCUGGCCACCGGGAGGCCUUCUCAGUGGGUCCUGAGCCUGGGCCACCAGGUGGCCGCUCCCUGCCCGAGCGCUUCCAGGCAGAGCCGUAUGGCUUGGAGGAUGACACGCGCAGCCUGGCCGCUGAUGACGAGGGUGGCCCUGAGCUGGAGCCUGACUAUGGCACGGCCACGAGGAGGAGGCCUGAGUGUGGGCGGGGCCUUCACACCAGGGCCUACGAGGACGCGGCAGUUGAUGGCGGCGAGCUGACAGAUGAACGGCCUGCGUUCCCAGCGGUGACGGCGCCCCUGGCCCAGCCUGAACGGGGCAGCCUGGGCAGCCUGGACCGGCUGGUGCGGCGCUCGCCCUCAGUGGAUAGCGCCCGCAAGGAGCCGCGCUGGCGGGACCCUGAGCUGCCUGAGGUGCUGGCCAUGCUGCGGCACCCCGUGGACCCCGUGAAGGCCAAUGCGGCCGCCUACCUGCAACAUCUGUGCUUUGAGAACGAGGGUGUCAAGCGGCGUGUACGGCAGCUGCGGGGGCUGCCACUGCUUGUGGCGCUGCUGGACCACCCGCGGGCUGAGGUGCGGCGCCGGGCCUGUGGGGCACUGCGCAACCUCUCCUAUGGCCGUGACACUGACAACAAGGCCGCCAUCCGGGACUGUGGUGGUGUGCCUGCCCUGGUGCGCCUGCUGCGGGCCGCCCGGGACAACGAGGUCCGCGAGCUUGUCACUGGCACACUGUGGAACCUGUCGUCAUAUGAGCCCCUGAAGAUGGUCAUCAUUGACCAUGGCCUGCAGACACUGACCCAUGAGGUGAUCGUGCCCCACUCAGGAUGGGAGCGUGAGCCCAACGAGGACUCCAAGCCACGGGAUGCUGAGUGGACAACUGUCUUCAAGAAUACGUCGGGCUGCCUGAGGAAUGUGAGCUCUGAUGGUGCUGAGGCCCGGCGGCGACUCCGGGAGUGUGAAGGGCUGGUGGACGCGCUCCUGCAUGCCCUGCAGUCGGCAGUGGGCCGGAAGGACACGGACAACAAGUCGGUGGAGAACUGCGUGUGCAUCAUGCGGAACCUGUCCUACCACGUGCACAAGGAGGUGCCCGGGGCCGAUAGGUACCAGGAGGCCGAGCCCGGGCCCCUGGGCAGUGCUGUAGUCUCCCAGCGCCGGAGGCGGGAUGAUGCCAGCUGCUUUGGUGGCAAGAAGGCCAAAGAGGAGUGGUUCCACCAAGGAAAGAAGGAUGGUGAGAUGGACCGGAACUUUGACACGCUAGACCUGCCCAAGCGAACUGAGGCUGCUAAAGGCUUUGAGCUGCUGUACCAACCCGAGGUGGUACGUCUCUACCUCUCCCUCCUCACGGAGAGCCGGAACUUCAACACCCUGGAGGCUGCCGCCGGUGCUCUGCAGAACCUCAGUGCCGGCAACUGGAUGUGGGCCACGUACAUCCGCGCCACAGUGCGCAAAGAGCGCGGGCUGCCGGUGCUUGUGGAACUGCUGCAGUCUGAGACCGACAAGGUGGUGCGCGCCGUCGCCAUUGCCCUGCGCAACCUCUCGCUGGACCGGCGCAACAAAGAUCUUAUCGGGAGCUACGCCAUGGCCGAGCUUGUGCGGAAUGUGCGCAAUGCACAGGCUCCGCCGCGACCUGGGGCCCGCCUGGAGGAAGACACCGUGGUGGCGGUGCUCAACACCAUCCACGAAAUCGUGUCCGACAGCCUGGAUAACACGCGCUCGCUCCUGCAGGCACGUGGGGUGCCAGCGUUGGUGGCUCUCGUCGCCUCCAGCCAAUCUGUACGCGAGGCGAAGGCGGCGUCGCACGUGUUGCAGACAGUGUGGAGCUACAAAGAGCUGCGUGGUACUCUGCAGAAAGAUGGCUGGACCAAGGCGCGCUUCCAGUCGGCCGCUGCUACUGCCAAGGGGCCUAAGGGAGCACCGAGUCCUGGGGGCUUCGAUGACAGCACGCUGCCACUGGUGGACAAGAGCCUUGAGGACGAGAAAACUGGCAGCCGGGAUGUGAUCCCCAUGGACGCGCUUGGUCCAGACGGAUACUCCACAGUAGACCGGAGGGAGCGAAGGCCGCGGGGCAUUGGCUCUGCCGGAGAGGCCUCUGAGAAGGAACCAUUGAAACUCGAUCCCAGCAGGAAGGCCCCUCCCCCAGGGCCCAGCAGGCCCGCGGUCAGGCUGGUGGACGCCGUGGGGGACGCUAAGCCUCAGCCCGUUGACUCCUGGGUCUAGCUUGCAUGCCUGGGCCCAGGCCCAGCCUCUUGUUCUUAGGGCUUGGAUCGUGGAAGAAGGGCCACCCUGAGCAGAUCCUGCCGUGGAGCUUGGAGCCCCCUGGCGGCAGGGGUUGGCAGCGCCUCACCCCAGCCAAGCCUGACUUUGGGGACACCUUCCUGCCCCCCACCCUACCUAACUCCCUAGGCUUGAGUUAGCUGUUUACUGACAUGGUGCUGUGUGUGAGCGAGUGACAGAAGGCCCGAGGAGGCCGACUGGGCUGCUAGGGCAGGGCCCAGGGAGGUGGCAGGGAAGGGUGCCUGGCUGGGCUUUGGGGCCGGUGGGAUAGGAGGGUACCCCUGGGAACACAGUGCCCCAGAGGUGCGGGAAGGCUUGGUGCCAGGGGCAGGUGGCUAGGCAGGGAGGGGGCUGGGAAAGAACUUGGACUCCUAAAGGUGGAGGGGCUCCCUGGGCACCCUGCAGGCAGGCAGACCACAGUGUCAGGGGUGCCCCACAAGGCCCAGCCCUGGGCAAGGAAUCUUUGGAAACAGCAAGGUAGGGGUCAGGCUACAGGUGCCCCACCUCCCCAGAGCCCUGCAGCCAUGUGAGGCCCCUGUGCAGUAGAGAGCCGUUGUCCAGCUGAUGCUGGCCGGGGCCGGGGCCACCGCAUCUGCCUGGAGCCUGGGCAGCACCUCCAGGACUGACCUUCGGCAGUGGCUUGGGGACUGCUUUCAGUGCCUGCUGUUUGUGACUCAGAAGAAAAACACUGAGAAAACGCAUUAAAAAUAAGCCAAAAUAAGACUGUAUUGGUAAACAUCUAAAUUUUUGUAAGAAAAUUUAAAAAUUAAAGCAGCAAAGGAACUUUUUGCUUUCUGCCACUCA